AUGGAAGAAAAACCAUUAUUCGGUGCAUUAACCGUCUACCGAGAAAGAGGUGCACAUUUGCGUCGACUAGAACAAUUUGAAAAAGCGAAGGCUUCUUAUGAUGAGGCUUUCAAAAGUGCUUCUGAGGAUGUGCGAACACUAACAGGCCGUAGCCAGGUAUGCUCAGAUGCUGUACAACCAGUUCAAGCCUACUCAGAUGCCGAACUUGCACUUAAGUUAGAACCUUCUAAUAUGAUAGCUCGUAAUAUGCAAGCUCGUGCUAUGUAUACUAUGUCUGAUUUUGAGAGAUCUGUGGUAAUGAACUACCGGGGGGCUCGAGUUCGACGUCAGCCUCCUUACUUUACAGAAGGUAUAAAUCAAGGCAUAGAAACUAUACAAGACUGCAUUGGAGUUAAUGCUGGAAAUGUGAUGGUUGAUUUUUUACCUUUAAUAAAACAAUCGGAAGUUGCUGUCAUUGAUGAACAUGAACCUCAAAAGCAAUUACAUGUUUCCCGUAUCCCACAUCCGGAGCGUAAGCGCAAGUUAACUCAAAUGGAAGCUCGAAAACAUGCUACGUUAGCUCGUGUUCUUGCUAUGAAAUAUCUGGGGCCAAUGGCAUAUGACAAAUUUUUUCUUCAGCGACUAACAGAAGACCCACGACUACAAUCAGCUAAUUCCAAAGGUAGUAUCCUAUUAAAAAACAUUGUAAAAGAAGCGCUUCGCUCUUUAAGUGAACGGCAGGAAAUGCUGAGAACACAAAGACCAUAUUAUACCAUUAAAUUAGCGGAAAAGGCUGAAUCAAAACAUCAAAACAAAUACAAAGAAGCAAUACUUAUCAGAGAACGUGAGAUAAGUGCACGAAGUGCUGAGAUCCUUUUAAAACAAAUCGAAAAGAGUCUACGAGAGAAACGUAUUAUGGACUUAAUGACGUAUGCUGAACGUCUACAAACUUUCCUUGACUCAAAGACUCCGCGUACGUUGCCAGAUAAAGAGAUCUAUAUAGACCGCUUAUACAGAGCAGUUGGAGAAGGUUAUCUAUCACAGCAUCGCCUUUCGUACAGACUAAGUGAACGCGGAAAUAGAAGACGUAUUGCUUUCUUAAUGGGUCUUCCAGUUGGUCGUCCAACUUCCUUCGACUCUGUUUUAGGAAAUUAUCCUCACAAGUUUAUUGAUAUUAAACAAGCCACAGCUAAAGUGAUGACGGCUUUAGAAAUGUGCGAAAACUCUACUAUGAAAUGUUGGUUGAUGUACGAACUAGCUCGAUUGCUUUCAACACAAAAAAAUUACGCACUGCUAAGUUCUAUGCUAAACGAUGUCAGCGAGAGGCGCAGGAAAUAG